GCUGAGGCAAGGGCGGAACAAGAACAACUGAGACGGGAGGCUGAUGCAAGAGAAGAAGAACGGCUUGUGACUAAGGCAAAAGCUAAACAAGAGCGACUGAGGCUGGAGGCUGAGGCGUUGGAAGAGGAAUUAAGGGCAGCAGCUGAAGCCGAACGACAGCGGUUGGAAUUUGUUGCAAAGGCUGUGGAGGAAAGAUUGCAGCAAGAGGAAAAGGAUGCAGAAGAUCCUGAAGAUGCUGAACGAUUGGAAUUUGUGGCGCAGGCUGUUGAGGAAAGACUGCAACGAGAACAGGCAAUACAGGAAGCUAAACUGGCGGAAGAAAUGUCGCCAGUGCAGCCCGCGAGACCAUUUUCUGAUGCGUUUUCCCAAAACUCGGCCCACCAAAAAGUCGCAUUCACCGGCUCUUCUCUGACUGCUACAGGUGGUCCUCCAAGUGCAGCUUCAAGGGUACAACCACCUCUCCAACCGGAGCCGCAGCAGAUGGCGUCACCCGCUGCACCCGUGCAGCCAGGGGUGCCUUUUCUGAAUGACCCCCUUGGUGGUGGCCGAGACACAGCCGCAUUCUUUGACCGCUACAACCAGGCAUACUUGACGCAGAAAGCGCAAGGCAACCAAAUGCAACAGGAGCAGGUGGAGCCGCCAGCGGAUGGGGUUAGUGAGGAUGGAGGAGCGAUUAGUGACUACAAGGCUUUCUAG